AUGCGGUGUUUGAAAAUAACAUUAAAAACGCACAGUGACACACGCUGGGCAUCUAAAUAUAAUGCAGUUCAUUCGUUGUAUUGUCAAUUUGGCGGUGUGAUAAAAGCUUUACGUGACAUAUCUACCAAUCCAAUUUUUGGCGAUGGGGUUGCUAAUGCAGAAAGUAUAUUGAAACAGUUUGAUUUGGAAUUUGUUUAUUUUUUAGUCAUGUGGGAUAAAAUAUUGAAUCAAAUAUAUCGUGUAAAUAAAUUAUUACAAAGCUCAAAUAUUUCAAUAGAUCAGGCUUCAAAAAUGAUAAAUUGUUUAAAUGUUUCUCUCCAAGAAAUGCGUGAUAGUGGAAAUGAACAAAUUAAAACUGAAGCUAUUAGUAUUUGUGAUAAAGUUGGAAUAAAAUCUGAAUUAAAAAUCAAAAGGACAAUAAAAAGGAAAGUUAUGAGUGGAGAAAAUUCAUCGGGUGAAGAUAUUUCUGCAGAUCAAUUUUUAACAUUGGAAUACUACAAAGUUCUUGAUAUUAUGAUGGCUCAAAUGAAAUGGAGGUUUGAACAAUUAUCAAAUAUUGCUGAUGAUUUUCAAUUCCUUUCUGCUCAUUCACUAUCUGUUACACCAGUUGAAAAAUUGAAAAAAUAUGCAGCUGAUUUAGCUAUCAAAUACAACGAAGAUAUUGACCAGGAAAUAAUUAACGAAAUCGAAUUUUUUAAAUAUCAAGUAAAAGCAAUUUUACCAGACUUAAACGCAACUGCUUUAAAUAUUUUAAACGCAAUUAAAAAAUAUGAACUUGAUUCAACUUGUCCAAACUUAAUGACUGCAUAUAGAUUGUUUCUUACCAUGCCUGUUACCGUAGCUUCCGGGGAACUCUCUUUUACGAAACUGUGGAAGGGUCAACAGAAGAAAUCCGACUACUGUGGCGAACGGGUGAUGUGCUUACACGGAUAUCAGGACAACUGCGCUUCAUUUGACCAUCUGAUUCCUGUGCUGGGUGGCGACCGCACGUAUCUGUGUUUCGACUGGCCAAACCAUGGUGGCUCGUCAGCCACGCCAUUGGGAGUGCGGUGGACGAUAGAAAACUAUGCACUGACCAUCAGGCGCGUUGCCGACCACGUUCAGUGGUUGUCGCCGUUUGUGUGCGUAGGUCACAGCAUGGGCGGACAGGUUGCCAAGCUGUUCGCCGCCCUCUACCCGGAACGCUUCACGAAGAUCGUGUUGCUGGACACCGCCGGACCAGUGGCCAUGUAUCCAGAGGAGAUCACGUGGAGCGCUCGCCAAGCCAACGACAAACUACUUAGAUUUGAAAACAGAAUGACGGCGUUGCCUGGUGGCGGCAGCCGUUUAUCACCGAUUUACGCUCACUCGGAAGCUUUGGAUCGCGUUAGACGGCGCGCCUACGGGCUACUGGACAAUGAGCCCGCCAGGACGUUGAUGACGCGGUACUUGCGGCCCGGGCCCGCUGGCGAAUUCCGUCUGGCCAACGACGUGCGGUUGGGCGUACCAUACAGCCAAUGGUUUUCGGCUGCACAGCACUGGGACGUGGUCGUCAACAUCAGAUGUCCCACGUUGCUGAUCAGGGCAUCGGACAGCGACUCGUACUUCAACGACGUGUAUGGCGUCUUUGUGGAUAUGUACGAACGAAAUCCAAAUUUUCGUACGGUUAUGGUGGAUGGCAAUCACGACGUUCACAUGAACAAUCCGAGUGCGGUGGCGAUGUUGAUCAACAAAUUCCUUAACAACAAAUUGAGUAAAUUGUAA